UUUUUCUUUAAUAUUUUGAAUUUCCUAUCCUUUGAUUAAUAUUAAAGUAUGUUUAAAUGAUUAACGUUCAAAUUGUUCAAAAUAUAUUUAUUUAUGAAAAAUAGACCUUGAUUAUCGUUUCUGUACUUUUGUGGAAAAAUUUGAUUCGCUACUAUCAAGUGAAUUAGACGGCAGGCGCACAGGACGCAACCACAGUGCAGACGUUACAGAAUUGUAUUUGGCGUAUACCACGAGUUGACGGCGCCUAAACUUUUUAAGUGCUCUUCAGUUACAGAACAGACACAUGUUGACGUUAACGUGUUCACCGGACUUUAUGUAAUAGUUGUUGUCCCAGUGUAAUAAUUAAAAAUAAAUACUUGUAUUCUGCUAAACAUUUUCUAUGAGAAUGCAAGACCUAAAUAAUGGAACAAAUUUUCAUAAUUUAAGUUUGGUCAAUUUGCUACGGCAUCUUAAACAUAAAUGUUUGAUCAAUUCAACAGUUGAAUCUACUAAAUCAUGUCCAAAAACAUUUGAUGGGUGGGCAUGUUGGGAAGAAACGUUACCUGGUGAAGUGGCAUUAGCACCUUGUCCAUCCUAUGUAGUGGGAUUUGAUCCAACAAGAUAUGCGUUCAAAAAGUGUAUGUCUGACGGUACUUGGUAUAAAUUGCCAUUAACGGGAAAAUAUUGGGCUAAUUAUACAAAUUGUAUAGACACUGAAGAUUUACAAUUUAGAAACUUAGUGAAUUCAUUGUUUAUCAUUGGUUAUUCAAUAUCUUUGGCUGCUCUGCUCACAUCGUUGAUGAUAUUCUUUACGUUCAAGUCACUGAGAUGCACUCGGAUAGCUAUUCAUGUACAUUUGUUCAUAUCAUUAGUCUUCACUAACGUUGCAUGGAUCAUAUGGUAUAAAAUGGUUAUAUCGGACGUGUCAGUGCUUCAAACGAAUGGGAUAUAUUGUCGUAUACUUCAUGUUCUUCUUCAAUACUUUAUGGUAGCCAACUACAUGUGGAUGUUUUGUGAAGGUCUUCAUUUACAUCUAGCCUUAGUAGUGGUAUUUGUUACGGACGUUUAUGCCAUGCGAUGGUUUUAUACUAUCGGCUGGGGAUUUCCACUAGUAGUGACAGCCAUAUAUGUUGUGUGGAGAAGCAAAACGAAUGAAGAUACAUCAGAGUGUUGGAUGGAUGAAAGCCAUUGUCAUUGGGCGCUGUCUAUUCCAGUUCUCCUCUCAAUAUGCAUCAGUCUACUAUUUUUGAUUAAUGUCAUGAGAGUUUUACUUACAAAAUUGCAUAGGAAUUCAAUUAAUCCAGCACCAAUAGGUGUCCGAAAAGCGGUUAGAGCAGCAUUGAUACUUGUUCCUCUAUUUGGUAUCCAUCACAUACUUAUACCUUACCGCCCUCCACACAAUACUGCAUGGGAGAAGGUUUACCAAUUGUUUACUGUAGCUUUAGUACCCACUCAGGGUCUUUGUGUGUCUGUAUUAUUUUGUUUUGCCAAUGUUGAUGUGCAUGGAGCUUUUCAUAAGUAUAUAAGAAGAAUAAAAAGAAGAGGCACUAUUCACACAAAUGUUACAGGUACUACGCAACCAGUACAGUCACAAAUCAGAGACGUUAUUGUCUAAAAGUUAAACUUAUUAGUUUAAUCCAGACAAAACUAUUAUUUGUAAAUAUUAAGUGAUCUAAAUUAUAUGCUAUUAAAAUAGGCAUACUGCCAUUUGGUGGUUUUAUUAAAUAUAUUUUAUUAUUGUAAUUAAUUUAAAUUAUUUUACUUUUGUAAAAAAAUGUUUUCCUUAGUAUCUUUAAAUAAUAAUUUAGUACUAAAAUCUAUUCUAAAACA